UUUAUGGCCACCAACGACCUGAUGAUGGAACUGCAGAAAGAUUCAAUAAAACUAGAUGAAGACAGCGAGAAAAAAGUUGUGAAAAUGCUUUUGAAACUGCUGGAGGACAAAAAUGGGGAAGUACAGAACCUGGCUGUCAAGUGUCUGGGCCCGCUGGUUGGGAAGGUGAAGGAGUACCAGGUGGAAACCAUUGUGGACACGCUGUGUACAAACAUGUUAUCGGACAAGGAGCAGCUGCGGGACAUCUCCAGCAUUGGGCUGAAAACAGUCAUCUCCGAGCUGCCACCAGCUUCCACAGGCUCCAGCAUGACAGCGAAUGUGUGCAAAAAGAUCACAGCCCAGCUGACAGGAGCCAUUGGCAAGCAGGAGGACGUGUCUGUGCAGCUGGAGGCUCUUGACAUCCUGUCAGAUAUGCUGAGCAGACUAGGGGGAACACUCUACUCCUUCCAUUCUUCCAUCCUGAGCUGCCUCCUGCCCCAGCUGACGAGCCCCAGGCUGGCAGUGCGUAAAAGGGCCAUCAUCGCCUUGGGUCAUCUUGUCUUGACCUGCAGCGGAAACAUCUUCUCAGAGCUCACAGAGCAUCUGCUGGCCGAGCUGAAGAGGAAUGAGUCUACUUCUACUACCAGGACGUACAUUCAGUGUGUCGCUGGCAUCAGCAGGCAGGCUGGACACCGCAUAGGAGAACAUCUGGAGAAGAUCAUUCCUCUCGUCGUUCAGUACUGUCACGUGGAAGAUGACGAGCUGCGGGAGUACUGCUUUCAGGCCUUUGAGUCUUUCGUGCGAAGGUGCCCAAAGGAAAUGGACCCUCACAUCCCUAAUGUGAUGGGGUUAUGUUUGAAGUACAUCACCUUUGACCCAAACUACAACUAUGAUAAUGAAGAGGAGGAAGAGGAAGAGAUGAUGGAAACUGAAAAUGGGGAGGAUGAAGAGCAAGAAAGCGACGACGAGUACAGCGACGAUGAUGACAUCAGCUGGAAGGUCCGCAGGUCUGCCGCGAAGUGCCUGGAGGCCAUCGUCAGCAGCAGGCACGACCUCCUUCAGGACUUCUACAAAACUCUUUCCCCAGUCUUGAUAAGCAGAUUCAAAGAGAGGGAGGAGAACGUCAAAGCUGACAUCUUCAGUGCUUAUAUCACCUUGCUGAAGCAAACGCAGCCCAUCCAGAGCUGGCUGCACGCUGCAGAUGCCUCGGGCAGAGAUGAGGUGCCUCUGACCAUGCUUCAGAACCAGGUCCCCAACAUCAUCAAGGCCUUGCACAAGCAGCUGAAAGAAAAGAGCAUCAAAUCCCGACAGGGUUGUUUCAGCCUCCUGACGGAACUGGCCAACGUCCUUCCCGGCUGCCUGGCAGAUCACAUCCCUGCGCUCGUCCCGGGUAUCAUUUUCUCCUUGGCCGAUAAAUCCAGCUCCUCCAACAUGAGGAUCGAUACUCUGUCUUUCCUUCACGUUCUUCUUUGCAACCACCAGCCAGAGGUGUUUCACCCUCAUAUCAAAAGCCUGUUACCCCCUGUUGUGACCUGUAUUGCAGACCCCUUCUAUAAGAUCACUUCAGAAGCUCUGCUGGUUACUCAGCAACUUGUGAAAGUUCUCAGGCCUUUGGACAAGCCUUGCCCUUUUGAUGCCAAGCCCUACGUGAAGGACCUGUUCGCUGCUACCCUGAAGCGACUGAAGGCAGCUGACAUCGACCAGGAGGUGAAGGAGCGUGCCAUCUCCUGCAUGGGGCAAAUUAUUUACAACCUGGGAGACCAUCUAAGCACUGAUCUCCAGCCAACCUUGAAGAUAUUUCUGGAGAGGCUCAAAAACGAAAUCACUAGAUUGACAACAGUCAAAGCAUUAACCUUAAUCGCUAGUUCUCCACUUAAAAUAGAUUUGAGACCCAUUCUCGGGGAAGGUUUCCCCAUUCUAGCUUCCUUCUUGAGAAAGAAUCAACGUGCCUUGAAACUGAGCACUCUGACUGCUCUGGAUAUCCUGGUGAAGAACUACAGCGACAGCCUCAAGCCUGCCAUGAUAGAGUCUGUCCUCACAGAGCUCCCCGCUUUGAUCACCGAGAACGACAUGCACGUUUCCCAGGUGGCCAUUGUGUUCCUUACGACUCUGGCCAAGGUUUAUCCAUCCUGCAUCUCUAAGAUCAGCAGUUCCGUUCUUGCUGAAACCUUCCAGCUUGUCCACUCGCCAUUGCUUCAGGGCGGGGCGCUGAACGCCAUCGUAGACUUCUUCCAGGCUCUGGUCCUGACGAGGGCGGCGCCCACGGGUCACUCGGAGCUGAUGAAGCAGCUGACUGCGCCCAUUUACUCCUCGGGCUCGGCCGGGGCAUCGCCGACGCUACACAAACAGGCCUAUUACUCUGUGGCGAAGUGUGUGGCAGCCCUGUCCUCAGCCUGCCCGAAGGAAGCCCCCGCCACAGUGAACCAGUUUAUCCAGGACGUCAAAAACCCCAAGUCCAGCUCUGCUGUGAAAGUGCUGGCCUUCCUUUCGCUGGCAGAGAUGGGGCGCGCCACGAACCUCGGCGCUCAGAGAGAGCUCAAAACCGUCAUCCUGGAAGCGUUCACCUCCCCCAGCGAGGAGGUGAAAUCCGCCGCUUCCUACGCCUUGGGGAAUGUCAGCGUGGGCAACCUGAAGGAUUAUCUGCCCUUCAUGCUGAAAGAGAUCGGGAGCCAGCCCAAGAGACAGUACCUCCUGCUGCACUCGCUAAAGGAAGUCAUCAGCUCCUCCCCUGCCGACAGCCUCACACUUUACGUGGAGGAUAUCUGGGCUCUGCUUUUCAAGCACUGCGAGUGCACAGAGGAGGGGACCCGCAACGUGGUGGCCGAGUGCCUGGGGAAGCUGACUCUGGUGGACCCCUCGGAGCUGCUGCCCCGGCUGAAGAAGCAGCUGUCGUCAGGCUCUCCCCAUGCCCGGAGCACGGUGGUAACUGCAGUCAAGUUCACAAUUGCAGACCAGCCUCAGCCCAUCGAUGCUCUCCUGAAGGGCUGCAUAGGUGACUUCCUAAAAACUCUUCAGGACCCAGACCUGAAUGUUCGGCGUGUGGCUUUAGCCAUGUUUAAUUCUGCUGCUCACAACAAACCUUCCUUAAUCCGAGAUUUACUAAGCACAGUUCUCCCCAGCCUGUAUAACGAGACGAAGGUCAGGAGGGAGCUCAUCCGGGAGGUGGAAAUGGGGCCGUUCAAGCACACGGUGGAUGACGGCCUUGAUGUGAGGAAAGCUGCCUUUGAGUGCAUGUACACGCUGCUGGAAAGCUGCCUCGACCGGCUGGAUAUCUACGAGUACCUGAACCACGUGGAGGACGGGCUGAAGGAUCACUACGACAUCCGGAUGCUGACGUUCAUCAUGCUGGCCCGGCUCUCCUCGCUCUGUCCCAGCGCCGUGCUGCAGCGCCUCGAGAGACUGAUCGAGCCGCUCCGGGCAACUUGUUCCACCAAGGUGAAAGCUGGUUCCGUGAAGCAGGAGUUUGAGAAGCAGGACGAACUGAAGCGCUCGGCCAUGAGAGCGGUCGCUGCUCUCCUGACCAUCCCCGAGGUGGAGAAGAGCCCAGCCAUGGCCGAGUUCUCAUCCCAGAUCAGAUCCAACCCUGAAAUGGCAUCGCUUUUUGAGAGCAUUCAGAAAGAUUCAGCUUCCCUCCCCACCUCAGAGUCGAUGGACAUGAGCUGAGGGAGAUCUGCCCCUUGCCUCGACCCCGGGCAGGCCAGGACAGCGUCACCCAGCCAGACCCUCGGCGGCCACUCGUGAGUCCCCAGCGGCGGGAGGGGCCGGUCCCGCUGCACCCCCCAGCACCUCCAGCCUGCCGGGACGCGGGAGGAGGGACCUUGUGCUGGGAAGGGGGGGAAACACGUAUUCUCGGUUUUCAGCAAGUUUUUAAGGGGCAUAUAAAGCAAUCGAGUGUGGUUCCAUGAAAAAUGGGAACUACUUCCUCAAGUAUUUCCUUACUGCAGUACAAAAAAAGUCUAAAAUGUUUUGGUUUUUUAACUGCUGCACAUGCACUUUCUACCCCAAAUUGCCCAAAGAAUGUAUUUAUUUUGUUUUACUGAAUAACGUGGCUAAAAGCAAGAAAAUCCACAGCUUUGAUGAGUGAGGAGCAUCACAACCGUAGGCGCCAAGGAGAUGGGCACGGGCCAGGCUGUGGGAGCUGCUCGGGGCCACUCGUUACCCCGACUCCCCCCUGCCCGUCCCGCCCCGACACCGAGUGUUCCUGCAGUGGUCGGGCCCUACGCAGCCACCCUGCUUGAUUGCCAUUUAUUCCAGUUUUUGACUGAAAUACCUCAAGCAGCCGUCUUCCAAGAGAGGAUCACCUGAUCGUGCUACCGUAACCAAACCCACACUGGGCUUUUUCCUGCACGUUUAACACCGGCCUCCCUCUGCCCGCGGGAGCUGGGGCUCGGCCCUGAGCAUCGCAGGAGUGAGGGGGAAGGCAGCAGAGAGCCCCCACUCACCCUCCUGGUAUUGGAAGUGACGCUGUAGUGGCUGUUGUGCUCAGAUCCUGCUUUGCCCAGGGGGAAAAAAUGCCUCAAGAGACAGAGAGGGUGUCGAAGCAGAUCAGAGAACAAGGCCCCCAUGACGCGCUUGUAGCCGUGGAGCGGGAAUAGGCUUUUGCUUCUCCUUUUUUGACUGAGUUGGUUGAUGUGACAAGUAUUUAUAGUGCUGUGUGAAAGAGCAUCCUUUGUUUGAGUGGUAUAAAA